AUGGCGAACCGGUGGUGGGACGGCCAUUUGGGACUGCCGGGCGUGGCGCCGGAGCAACCAUCUGGCUCGUCGGGCCCGAAGUCCGAUGCGCUCGCCCUCGCCGUCGUCAAGGACCCUGAGCCCAGCCCGACGUCCGGUGGCGGUGUGGCGGCCGAGCACGCGGACGAGACCAACGAGUCUGGUGGUGGCGAGCCGCGCGAUCCGGGCACGGUGGUGGCGGCCCCCAACCGGCGGCCACGGGGCCGCCCGCCGGGGUCCAAGAACAAGCCGAAGCCACCCAUCUUCGUGACGCGGGACAGCCCAAACGCGCUGCGCAGCCACGUGAUGGAGGUGGCCGGCGGCGCCGACGUUUGCGACUCCAUCGCCCAGUUCUCGCGCCGCCGCCAGCGCGGCGUCUGUGUGCUCAGCGGCGCCGGGACCGUCGCCAACGUGGCCCUCCGCCAGCCGUCGGCACCCGGUGGCGCCGUCGUGGCCCUCCACGGCCGCUUCGAGAUCCUCUCGCUCACAGGCACCUUCCUCCCGGGGCCCGCGCCGCCGGGAUCCACAGGGCUCACCGUGUACCUGGCUGGCGGGCAGGGACAGGUGGUCGGCGGCAGCGUCGUGGGCCCGCUGGUCGCCGCGGGCCCGGUCAUGGUGAUCGCGUCCACGUUCGCCAACGCCACCUACGAACGCCUGCCGCUCGAGGAGGAGGAGGAGGGGUCGGGCCCGCCGAUGCACGGCGGGGUCGAGCCGCCGCCGUCUCUCAUGGCCAGCGGCGGCGGGCACGGGAUGCACGACCCGUCGAUGUUCAACUUGCCGCCGAACAACGGGCACCUCGGCGGCGGCGGCGACGGGUUCCCUUGGGCGCCGCACUCUCGCGCUCCCUACUGA